UCUCUUUCCGCCUCACGAAUGCCGUCGGUGGACGCAGUUUAAAACGACCAGCCGAGCAGCCGCACGUGUGAGCGCGUUCCGCUAUUACCGGUGGAACUCUUCGUAGUCGAGUUGUGUUUUUCCCGGCCGAGAUCAGCGGCAGGCGAGUCACGUGACCACGCCUCCCAGUCGCUCUCUCUCUCUCUCUCUCUCACCCACACACGCACCAGCGGUCAAGUUCUGGAGUGCUGGGGGUUCCUACGCUGCCUUAUAACGACAGAGUGCAGGACGAGGACCAUGCAGCGACACCUGUUUGAUUCGGGGGCACUCGGCGGUAAGAACGUGCUCUUCGCGAUUGGCGUCGGCGUUGGAGUCAUUGGAGUGGGCGUCCUGCUGAACAGGCUCGUCGGCAGAAAGCGGAGCAGAGUUGUCCAAGUUGGCACCGUGUCCCAGGUCCUUGUGUACCCAGUAAAGUCAUGCAAGGGGAUGGCAGUGUCUAAAGCCGCGUGCCUCGAGAUGGGACUGAAAUACGGGGAGACGAGAGACAGGCAGUGGCUUGUAAUCCAAGAAGACGGCCAUAUGGUCACCGCAAGACAAAUUCCUCAGCUAGUGCUGGUCUCCGUGUCUGCUGAUGAUACCUGUUUGUGCCUUAAUGCCCAGGGCAUGGAGGAACUCCGAGUUCCAUUUAGACUUCCUUCUUCCCUCCUGGUGAAAACCUGCAGAGUGUGGGGUUGUGACAUCCAAGGACGAGACUGUGGGGAUGAGCCGUCUCAGUGGCUCACUCGCUACGCAAACAGUGAAACACGCCUGCAUCUGGUGCAGUUUGAACUUUCCAUGAAGCCCAGGAGUUCCAAGGAUACCGAAAAGCUUUUCAGUCCAAAAGAUAAGGUCAUGUAUCCAGACUGCAGUCCUAUUUUGCUGCUCUCCGAAGCUUCAGUGGAAGACCUCAAUGGUAGACUGGAGAAGAAGGCGUCGGUGGCAAACUUCAGACCCAACAUCGUUGUCGCAGGGUGUGAGCCAUUUGCAGAGGACUCUUGGGACGAACUUCAAAUUGGCAGCAUCAGACUGCACCGCGUCAUGUCAUGUGGAAGAUGCAUUAUGACAACGGUGGACCCUGAAACUGGCAUCAUCGACAGAAAGCAGCCGCUUGAAACACUAAAAAGCUACCGUCAGUGUGACCCAGCGGAGCAGCAAAUCUACAAGACGUCACCCAAGUUUGGACAGUACUACAGCGUCGACACGACUGGGGUUCUUCAGGUUGGAGAUCCCGUCUACAUGAUAACCUACUAGACGGCGGACCCGAUUUGCUUUCAGUGCCCGACUCCAUUGCCGUUGCCUCUUCUUAAAGCUUUGUUUUUUUCUUUGUUGUUUUUUUUUUUUGACAAAACAUGCAAGCUUCUGUAUUUUCAUAUUUGUAACCUCAUUCAUUUUAAGAGCAAAUUUAGCAAAAAUGGGGAAGUCCGCAUAAUAGUGAAACUGGCAUAUCUGUAAUUAAUAUCCUCUAUCUAGUUCCAUUUCAGUCCAAAAAAAUAUGCUUGAACUUGCUGAUUGGGCAGAAGAGUUUACCACAAUGACUGUUGAGGGGAACCAGUGUGUCAAAUGUGAUGUUCAUAAUGCGUGUCAUUUCAGUUUCUGUCAUCUCUAUUUGUUCAGACCUUUCGGCACAAUAGAAUUCACGCUUCUUGUCUGAUUGAUUUUUGUUUUAACCCUUUCUGACAUUUCUACCAGCCUUUCUUGAUGAACGAUAUAUAUAUAUAUAUUUUUUUUACUUGAGUGACAUCCCUGCCUUCUAUAAUGGCAAAAUAAAAUCGAAGAGGUACAUGGGGACGCUGCUGGAUUUGUGACCACAGGGUUAUUUGAUGUGACUGACCCCUGCAUGUUGCUGACAUUGAUUUGACAGGACGUGCUUUCCUUUGGAAUUUGUCAUCAUUCAGUAUGAAAUUUAUAUUGAGUAUUACUUGGGAAUUCGGUAAAAACUGUAAAGCCUGUGACACCCUUUUAUAGUUAGUGCUGUAUUUUCAUAGAGGUUACUCAACUUGCUGAUUUCUUAACACACUCUUUUGGUCAAAACUAAAACUUUAAGAGAUGAAGUAUAAUUUUGUUUUGAUCUUUGUAAUUUCAAUCGUGUAAAAGUUUUGUACUCCUCACGUAUGUUGGGCUAUUAGCAGCACAAAUUAAACAAACUUGAAUCUGUUA